ACAAAUUGUCCAAAUCCAUAGAAAUAUAAAGCACUAUGUUCCAUGACCAACAACCACCAAUAAGACCACGUUGUAAAUGGGAAAAAGAAAGUAAGAUGUGCAUAGUGAGCAACAUAUAUUAGCAGAUGAAUUUUCCUCAUUAUUAAAUUCAUUCGUGUUUCAUUUUCUUGAAAUCAAAUCGAACCGUUUAAGCCUCUUAAUAGUUCAUUUUUAAGGAAACUACUUGUUUCAAAUUUUUUGGUUUUUAUUUUCGAUACGAUUUGAUUAUACAAAGCAAUCUCCCACCCCAUUCAUACAUAUAAUAGCUUUCAUCAAAUAAUAAAACCUUUUUCUUUUAAUAUAUUUAUGUAUGUUAGGGAUGAGGUAAGAAGACAAACCCUUUCAUACUCACUAAAAUUCAGUUAAUUCUUUUCAUGUAACUUUAAACUACAAUUUUAUCAAACUUAGAGAACUUGAAUCGCUUAUCUGUCUGUGGUAUCCUAUUAGUGAUUUUCAAUGGCUAAACCCAACCACACAAAGAGCUUUCCUGAAAGUACACCUGACCUAAUGUGUAAUAAAAAGAAAUGAAUUCAUCAUCAAUGUAUACUUCUCUCAUAGCAACAAUGAAAAAAUCAAAUAAUUAAUGUUGGAUAAUAUGAAGAUCGAAAUGAAAGAUGGCAAAGUGUGCCAUACAUAGGACUGUCAGUUUGGAUUCAAUUUUUUGAUUUCGAUCCCAAACUUUUUUUACUUUUCAUUUUUUGUUUGGUCAAAACCGAUAAAAAGGAAAAAAAAUCACAACCAAUACACAACACACUCGAUAUUCAACUAAGCCUCGGGUUUCAUUUUCUUGAAAUCAAAUUGAACCGCUUAAGUCUUGGUUUCAUUUUGUUGAAAUCAAAUUGAACCGUUUAACCUUCUUAACAGCUCAUUUUUUAAGAAAUUAUGUUAUUUGAUUUUAUUUCCGGUUCGAUUCGGUUAAACAGAGCAAUCUCCUCCUACUUAUACAUACAAUAUCUCUGAUCAAAUAAUAAAUAUUUUUUUCUUUUAAUAUAUUCGAGAGUGUGUGAGGAAUAGGGUAAGAUGGCAAUAUUUUUUCUUUUUAAUAAAACACUCAAUAUUCAAUUAAGCCUCGGGUUUCAUUUUCUUGAAAUCAAAUCGAAUCGCUUAAGCCUCGAGUUUCACUUUCUUGAAAUCAAAUUGAAUCGUUUAACCCUCUUAACAGUUCAUUUUUUAAGGAAAUUAUUUUAUUCGGUGUUAUUUCCGUUUCGAUUCGGUUAGACAAAGCAAUCUCCUCCUACUUACACAUACCAUUUUUUUGACCAAAUAAUAAAGUUUUUUUCUUUUAAUAUAUGUGAGUUUGUGUGAGGGAUGAGAUAAGAUGGCAAGUUUCUUCAUCCUCACUAAAAGAAAAAAUUAAAAUAGUAAGUUGGUAAAAAGUGUACCUAGCUUUUAUAUAUAUAUAUAUAUGAUAAUGUCAUCCACGAGUAUAAACAUCAACAUUUUUAAAUUAGAUCGGUUUCCCAUCAACAAAUAAUCACUUGAUCCAGAUAGCACGCAAGUUACUAAGACACUCAUUUUAAUUACAAAUAGGUUUCAAGGAAAUGAAAUUAAUGAUGGGAAGAAAAAAAAAAAACGGCAACUUUACGUUAACCCCUCAGUCAAGUUAUCUAUGUACUAUAUUAUAUCUCUCUCCAUUAUUUUUCUCUCUGCUGUCCAACCUCUGUUAUGAGAUUAGGGUGAGAGUUUCAGAGGCAGAAGAAGAAUGAGGACCCGACGCGGCGGAGCGUCUCCACCGCCACCUCCAUUUCUCGCCACCGGUUGCCUCCUCCUCUUACUGAUACUUGAGGAUGCGGCGGCUGCGGCGGAUGUGGACACCGGAGGGUUGAGCAGGGAGAGCUUCCCAAAGGGUUUCGUGUUCGGAGCUGCCACGUCGGCGUAUCAAGUGGAGGGCAUGGCCGAUGGAGACGGUCGGGGGCCAAGCAUUUGGGACGAAUUUAUUCACUCCAAACCUUCAAGAGUGUCUGGCAAGGCUAACGCAGAUGUUGCAGACGACCAAUAUCACCACUAUAAAGAGGACGUGGAUAUCAUGGUAAAGUUGAACUUUGAUUCCUACAGAUUUUCAAUCUCAUGGUCAAGAAUUUUCCCAAAUGGAACUGAGAAGGUAAACGAGAAAGGGGUUGCUUACUACAACAGACUGAUAGACUACUUGCUCGAAAAAGGUAUCACUCCUUUGGUAAACAUUUAUCACAAUGAUUAUCCCCUAGCACUGGAUAAGAGGUACAAGGGUCCCUUGGGCCGACCAUUUGUGAAGGAUUACAGAGAAUAUGCAGAUUUUUGUUUCAUGACAUUUGGAGAUAGGGUAAAGAACUGGACGACGAUCAACGAGCCUAGACCCAUCGCCUCCCUAGGGUACGACGUCGGUUCGUUUGCUCCGGGGAGGUGCUCUAAGGCCAUCUUCAACUGCUCCGCCGGAGAUUCUGCAACCGAACCUUACAUUGUUUCACACAACUUGCUCUUGGCUCAUGCUGCGGCGGUCCAGAUAUACCGCACCAAGUAUCAAGAGAAACAGAAAGGAAGGAUAGGAAUUCUCCUCGAUUUCCUUUGGUAUGAACCCCUCACCAGAGGGAAAGCUGACAACUACGCUGCUCAAAGGGCACGAGACUUUCAUAUUGGAUGGUUUCUUCACCCCUUGGUCUAUGGGGAGUAUCCGAGAACGAUGAGAGAAAUCGCCGGCGAGAGGUUGCCCAAGUUCACGGCAGAAGAGGCGACGACGGUGAAGGGCUCGUUCGAUUUCAUUGGCAUCAACCAGUACACAGCUUACUAUGUAUCGAAUGAAACCAAGGAGACGCCCAAGGAAAUGACUAGCUACCAGGCCGACUGGAAAGCUAAAUUUUCAUUUGCAAAGAAUGGAGUCCCAAUUGGUAAAACGAUCCCAUCGUCUGUUUGGAUCAUUGACGUGCCAUGGGGAUUGUACAAAUGUUUGAUGUACGUGAAAGAGAAGUAUGGCAACCCCACCGUCAUCUUGUCCGAAAACGGUAUGGAGGAGCCUGCGAACGUGACGCUUCCGAAGGCACUGCACGACACGACAAGGAUAAGGUACUACAAAGGUUACCUGAGGCAGCUGAAGAAGGCCGUCGACGACGGAGCCAACGUGGUCGGAUACUACAUUUGGUCGCUGCUCGACAACUUCGAAUGGGCGACGGGUUACGACUCGAGGUUCGGGAUCGUCUUCGUCGAUCGGAGGGAUAGUCGGCUCAAAAGGUAUCUGAAGAUGUCGGCUUAUUGGUUCAAGAAGCUACUCCAGCGGUAGAUAGACGAUCUGUACGUACGUGCAUGUAUCAGCAGACAAAGAGAGAAAGCAUGUUGAGAGAAUAAUCAGAGCCCUAAUCCUCAUCAUCAAACCUUAUAUCCAACUAUGUUGAUCCAUAUUCCAGCUAUAUAUGCCUGACACUCUUGUUGUUGGCGCAUCAGCAUCGUAAAACCAUUUCUACCGUCGUUCCUUCACCUCAUUUUCAAGGUCAGCGCUUUUGCUAGAGAAGUCGAAACUAGGGCUGCAAACGAGCCGAGUCGAGUCGAGUUUUUGCUUAGCUUGAGCUCGGCUCGUUUAUUAAUUUUUCAGCUCGAGCUCGGCUCGAACUCGAAUUUUGAUAAUCCAGCUCGAGCUCGAGCUCGGCUUGAAUAAAAAUAAUCUAGCUCGAGCUCGACUCGGUAGAGCUCGAUAAAUGCUCAUUAACAUAGCUUGUUAAGCUGAGUACAAGCUCGGCUCAAGAUGAGCUCGAUUUAAAAUCAUUUUUGCUGGAAAAAUGUAUAAACAUAAGAAUUUAAA